UACCCGGCAUGCAUCCUGCUGUGAAAGGCAAAAUAAUCCAUGAAAAUAAUACCAGAGAACGUCUAAUGUCUACUUUUUGCCGAUAAACUUCGUGUUGUCAUAUGUUAGCUAAACAUAGCACGUUUUGUUUAACUUUUAGAUGUAACUAGUGCAUCAGCCAACGUAUUAAUACAUCACUAACAAGAGCUGCAGGUGGUCAGCCAUCAAAAUGAUGCGUUACUGGGGGGAGAUCCCAGCUGUUUCCGCGCCUCCUGGCCGCAGCUCCUUUGAUUUGCUGCAGCGAGAGUUCCGUCAGGUGGAGAUGCAGGACCCGCCCCUGCACCAGCCAUCUGCCCCACGCCCUCGUCCCACCACUAUGCUUGAUGUGCCUUCGGAACCUUGUAGCCUCACCAUUCACACCGUUCAACUCUGUCAGCAUGUCCGCCGUCUUCGCAGCCUUCUAGCAGCGGCCCAGCAAGGCCAACAGCCACUUGCAUCUUCUACAGCUGACGUUCAGAGCAAUUUCAAAACGGAGGAGGGUGAGCCACUACCUCCAAGGCCUCCCACACCAACCAUGCCAGAUGACCUGCUGCCCCCAGACAGUAAGGUCCCAAGCCUGCCUUUCCAGCUUCGGCAUAGCAACCCAGAAAGCGACUUCUACAAGGGGAAAGGGGAACCAGUGACAGAACUUAGUUGGCCAUCCUGUCGGCAGCUUCUGUACCAGUCUGUUGCUACAGUUCUUGCUCAUGCCGGCUUUGAAUUAGCCCACGAGAGUGUGCUGGAGACACUUACAGACCUGGUGCAUGAGCACUACCAACGUCUGAGCUGGCUGCUUCGUGUUGCAGUGGACCGGGAGGCCCAGCUGGGUGCUACCCCGUUCCCUGAUGUGGUGGAGCAAGUGUUCCAUGAGGUGGGCAUCGGUAGUGUGUUGGCACUGCAGCGCUUCUGGCAGAGCCGCAUCAAGGACUACCACAGCUACAUGGUUCAGGUCAGCAGAGAGCUUUCAGAAGAGUAUGAGAGAGUAGUAAAUCCAGAGAAGGCUCUAGAAGACUCCAAACCCAUGCGGGUCAAAGACGAACCUAUGAGUGACAUUCCCUUCCCUGUCAGUGAGGAACCCGAGGCUGACUUGGCAUCCGGUGACCAAGCCCUGCCCAUUGGUGUGCUGGGUACUUCCAGUGAGAGAAUGGCUGGUGGACUUGAUUCAGAGAAUUCUCCUCAUGUCUCAGGUGCAGCAGUCACCAACUCCCCCUUGUGGCACCUCCCUCAAGUCAAGAUGGAGCCGCAGGAUGGAGAGGAGGCCCAGGUGCCAGGGCCCUUGGGAAGUGAUGUCUUUGAGGAAGAGCCUAUGUCCACCAUGAGUGAAGCUGGAAUAGCGCCAUCACCUGGAGGAGCAUCAGACGGCAGCUACGGCUCCCACUCUCCAGACUCACUGAUUGGCAGCUCACCUGUUUUUCACCAGAGAUUUAAAAAGCGAAUGAGGAAGAUGUAAUGGAAGCUUAAUAGAGCAUCUAGGACAUAACGUGUCAUAACUAACUGUUAAAAAUGACAUUCACUUACUUCCUUCAAUUUAAAAUGCACCUCUUUGUUUUUUAUGUAAAUAUGUGUCACUCCUCUGUCUGCUGCAAUGUUGGAACGCACGCUGAAUAAUUUCCUUUCCUGAGGUUUGAUUGAAGACAAAGGGACCUCAAUCAAGGCGUAGUGGGAAAUUAUUUGCAGCAUUGAGGUACCUGUUAUAUUACAGGUACAUUAUACAUACGUGUUAUAUUACUUUUUUUAAAAAAAAAAAAAUCUCCUUGGGACAAAAAAAGACUAAAAGAAGAAGAAAAGGCAAGAAAAAUAUGGCUUGUCUCCUGUUGUGGAUUUUAAUAAAAUAUGUCCAUUUA